AUGUAUGAGGACUGCAUGAAGUCCACAGAAGACUAUUACCUCUUCUGUGACAAUGAGGGGCCAUGGGGCAUUGUGCUGGAGUCCUUGGCGGUGAUUGGCAUAGUAGUUACAAUAUUGCUGCUCCUGGCAUUUCUCUUCCUCAUGCGGAAGGUGCAGGACUGCAGCCAGUGGAACGUGCUUCCCACCCAGUUCCUCUUCCUGCUGGGUGUGCUGGGGCUCUUCGGACUUACUUUCGCCUUCAUCAUCCAGCUCAACCAACGAACUGCCCCUGUUCGCUACUUCCUCUUUGGGGUUCUCUUUGCUAUCUGCUUCUCCUGCCUCUUGGCUCAUGCCUCCAACCUGGUGAAGCUGGUCCGGGGUAGAGUCUCCUUCUGCUGGACCACAAUUCUGUUCAUUGCUAUUGGUGUCAGCCUGUUGCAGAUCAUCCUUGCGAUAGAGUAUGUGACCCUCAUCAUGACAAGAGGUUUGAUGUUCGUGCACAUGACACCUUAUCAGCUCAAUGUGGACUUUGUCUGUCUCCUGAUCUAUGUCCUCUUGCUGAUGGCCCUUACAUUCUUUGUCUCCAAGGCCACCUUCUGUGGCCCAUGUGAGAACUGGAAGCAGCAUGGAAGGCUCAUCUUUGCCACUGUGCUGGUCUCCAUCAUUAUCUGGGUGGUGUGGAUCUCCAUGCUCCUGAGAGGCAACCCUCAGCUCCAGCGACAGCCACAGUGGGACGACGCGGUCAUCUGCGUUGGCCUGGUCACCAAUGCGUGGGUUUUCCUGCUGCUCUACAUCAUCCCUGAGCUGUCCAUCCUCUACAGAUCGUGUAGACAGGAGUGUCCUCCGCAAGGCAACGCUUGCCAGGUCCCAGUCUACCAACGCAGCUUCAGGAUGGAGAACCAGGAACUCUCCAGAGCCCGAGACAGUGAUGGAGCUGAGGAGGAUGUAGCUCUAACUGCACAUGGUACUCCCAUUCAGCUGCAGACUGUUGAUCCCAGCCAGGAGUAUCUCAUCCCACGAGCUACACUAAGCCCACAGCAAGAUGCAGGAUUAUAGAGCUACCUGAAACAGAAUAACACAACCUGGAAGACUCUGUCCUGACCAACACAACCCUAACAGUCCCAGGAGAACUCACUGGACACACUGUCAAUGAAGUGUCCAUCCUGUCUGCCUCUCUGUUUCCUUGCCCUUCUGGACCCAUCUUCUGAA